UCCCGGCUCGUUCUAGCGCUGCGCUCUCACAGCAGGCGGCGCUGAGCAGCUUGUGAAGUAGUUUGAUGUUGGAAGUGUGACAGGGCCAUUCCGAGCAAACCAGGAGGAACGACAUGGCGCUAAACUUGACUAUCAACAGUAGCAACCCACCUCUAGGGGCGCUUUUGACUGCUGAACAUGUGAAGGGCAGCGUCAAUCUCUCUGUGGAGGAGGGCAAAGACACCAUGCUCCAUGUCUCUGAUCAGGUGCAGUUCAGUGACGUCAACUCCAUCACGCGUUAUCUUGCACGAGUGGCUCCGGCGUUGGGACUCUAUGGUUCUAACGUGAUGGAGCAAACUGAGGUUGAUCACUGGCUGGAGUUCAGUGCCCGUCGUCUCUGUGCUCAGUCAGAUCUCUCUUCUGCUAUGGGGGAUCUGGAUAAAGCUCUGGCACUGAGAACCUUCCUGGUGGGUCACAGUGUGACCCUGGCUGACCUCUGCGUCUGGGCUGCUCUCAAAGGAAUUGGUGAGUCACAGGCCAAGCCAAACUCCUACCCUCAUCUGUGUCGCUGGUUUUCGUUCCUGAGCUCUCAGGUGCCGUUCAGUUCAGUGGGCAGUAAAUGGGCUAGCAAGAUCUCUGCCAUCAAAGCCACUCCCGUGGAGAAGGAAAAAAAGCAGGAUUUGGGAAAGUUUGUGGAGCUCCCUGGUGCUGAGAUGGGAAAAGUAGUGGUGCGUUUCCCUCCUGAGGCUAGUGGAUACCUGCACAUUGGUCAUGCCAAGGCAGCUCUACUCAACCAGCACUACCAGCUCAAUUUCAAGGGCAAGCUCAUCAUGCGCUUUGAUGAUACCAAUCCUGAGAAGGAGAAAGAGGACUUUGAGAAGGUCAUUUUGGAGGAUGUGGCUAUGCUACACAUCAAACCAGACCAGUUCACCUACACAAGCGAUCACUUUCCCACAAUCCUGCGCAUGGGAGAGAAACUUCUACAGGAGGGCAAUGCCUACAUAGAUGACACUCCUCCAGAUGUCAUGAAACAAGAAAGAGAGCAAAGGGUCAAGUCUCGCAACCGCAAAAACUCUGUGGAGAAGAACAUGCAGAUGUGGGAGGAGAUGAAGAAAGGCACAGAGUUUGGCCAGACCUGCUGCAUGAGAGCAAAGCUCGACAUGAAUUCCAACAACGGCUGCCUGCGUGACCCCACACUCUUCCGCUGUAAGAACGCUCCUCAUCCUCGCACCGGCAGCACUUACAAAGUUUAUCCCACAUACGAUUUUGCGUGCCCCAUUGUGGACAGUGUUGAGGGGGUGACGCAUGCCUUGCGUACAACUGAGUACCACGACAGAGACGAGCAGUUCUACUGGGUAAUAGAUGCCCUUGGUUUGCGUAAACCGUACAUCUGGGAGUACGCCCGACUCAAUCUUAACAACACUGUGCUCUCCAAGAGGAAGCUCACUUGGUUUGUCGACCAGGGCUAUGUGGAUGGCUGGGAUGACCCUCGUUUCCCAACAGUCAGAGGUGUGCUACGUAGAGGAAUGACUGUCGAGGGACUCAAACAAUUUAUUGCUGCUCAGGGAGGCUCGAGAUCUGUAGUCAAUAUGGAGUGGGACAAGAUCUGGGCGUUCAACAAAAAGCUGCCAGUUAGCUGUAAAAAGGUCAUUGACCCAAUAGCCCCAAGAUACACUGCCCUACUAAGCUCGCAGGUCGUUCCAGUCUGCAUUUCUGAGGCCAAGGAGGAGAUGAAAGAGGUUGCCAAACAUCCCAAGAAUGCAGAUGUGGGAAUGAAGCUAGUGUGGUACGGGCCAAAGGUCUUUAUUGAGGGUGCGGACGCAGAAACUUUCACAGAGGGUGAGACUGUCACCUUCAUCAACUGGGGAAACAUCAUCAUCACCAAAAUUCACAGGGAUGCCAGUGGAGCGAUCACGUCACUAGAUGGUCGUCUGAACCUGGAGAACACUGAUUAUAAGAAGACCACUAAGAUCACCUGGCUAACUGAGUCCAGCCAUGCUCCAUUUGUGCCUACUGUCUGCGUCAACUACCAGCACCUCAUUACCAAACCGGUUUUGGGCAAGGAUGACGAUUUCAAGGCUUACAUCAACAAGAACAGCAAGGUGUGGUACUCAAAGCAGGACUCUGGAGCAGGUGGAGCAGGAGACGGCCAGGGGCCAAAGAAACAGACACGGCUGGGACUAGAGGCAAAGAAAGAGGAAAACCUGGCUGAUUGGUACUCACAGGUGAUCACCAAGGCCGAGAUGAUCGAGUAUUACGACGUCAGUGGCUGUUACGUGUUGAGGCCCUGGUCUUAUGCUAUCUGGGAUGCCAUCAAAGAAUUCUUUGACCGGGAGAUCAAGAAGCUGGGUGUGGAGAACUGCUACUUCCCCAUGUUUGUCUCUCAGGCUGCCCUGGAGAAAGAGAAGACCCACAUAGCAGAUUUUGCUCCGGAGGUUGCUUGGGUGACAAGAUCAGGAAAGACAGAGCUGGCGGAGCCCGUCGCUGUGCGCCCCACUAGUGAGACAGUCAUGUAUCCUGCCUAUGCCAAGUGGGUCCAGUCACACAGAGACCUGCCAAUCAAACUCAACCAGUGGUGCAACGUCGUGCGUUGGGAGUUCAAACACCCCCAGCCCUUCCUGAGAACCAGAGAGUUCCUUUGGCAAGAAGGACACACAGCGUUUGCCACCAAAGAGGAAGCCGUAGAGGAGGUUCUGCAGAUUCUGGACCUGUAUGCUCGAGUGUACGAGGAGCUGAUGGCCAUCCCUGUGGUCAAGGGCAGGAAAACAGAGAAGGAGAAGUUUGCAGGAGGAGACUACACCACCACUGUGGAGGCUUACAUCUCAGCAAGCGGCAGAGCUAUUCAGGGUGCCACAUCUCAUCACCUGGGCCAGAACUUCUCCAAGAUGUUUGAGAUCGUCUUUGAGGACCCUAAGAGACCAGGUGAGAAGCAGCUGGCCUACCAGAAUUCAUGGGGCAUCACCACACGAACCAUCGGAGUCCUGACAAUGGUUCAUGGAGACAACAUGGGCCUAGUGCUGCCACCCAGAGUAGCUUGUCUACAGGUCAUCAUCAUUCCUUGUGGCAUCACAGCCACUCUCCCAGAAGCAGAGAAAGAGCUUCUGUUGGCCCAGUGCUCCAAAUAUCUUUCUAAACUAGAGAAGGCCGACAUCAGAGUCAAGGCAGACCUGCGUGAUAAUUACUCGCCUGGCUGGAAGUUCAAUCAUUGGGAGCUGAAGGGUGUGCCCAUAAGGUUGGAGGUUGGGCCAAAGGACUUAAAACGGGGUCAGUUUGUAGCAGUAAGAAGAGACACGGGAGAAAAGCUCACUGUGCCAGAGGCUGACGCUGAGAAGAAAAUCCUAAACCUUCUGGAAGAGAUCCAGAACAACCUUUUUAAACGGGCCUCUGAUGAUUUGCACAAACACAUGGUUGUGGCUGAUACGAUGGAGCAAUUCCAGAAAGAUCUGGACCUGGGAAGAAUUGUGCAGAUUCCCUUCUGUGGAGGCAUUGAGUGUGAGGACUGGAUUAAGAAGACAACCGCCAAGGAUCAAGACCUGGAGCCUGGUGCACCUUCAAUGGGAGCCAAGAGUCUGUGUAUCCCCUUCGAGCCCUUGAAGACCCUGCAGGCCGGUCAGAUGUGCGUCAGCGGCAAAGAGCCUGCGCAGUUCUACACGCUGUUUGGUCGCAGUUACUGAGACAGUUUUUCAUCCCUAAAUAAUGACUCCCCUUCUCCUCUUCUUGUCAAAUGCACUUGCAGAAUAACUUAAGACAUCCAUCAUCUCCUCUAACCACUCAAAAUACUGCUUUUUACUAUAUUUUAGAGCAAUCCCCUCUAUUUUUCUGGUCAGAGGUUUACUAGCUGACAGGCAGAGUUUUAGGCUGAGAUUAUAUGUUCUAUACGGCCAUACUAAACCUUUGCACAUUUUUGUCCUAAAUAAAUGUCUGACCAUUGUAAUGAACUAAACAUCUGUAACAUUAUCUGUAAUAAAGGGAUUCUUAAUUUAUAU